UAAGAUUUAGCGUUAUGUAACGCUCAGGCUGCUGGAGGCUGCAGUCAUGCUUGUGAACUGCAUCAGACUGCGAAGUCUAUAAAAAAAGUGGCUGCAUCACUUUGCUGCAGUGACAUCCAGCUCUUGAACACACCCUGCUGCAGCCUGCAGAGCAGCCACACUGAGCACAUUCUGCUGUGUAUCUUCACGAGGAGAUUUGGCGAGCUGCUACAACACAGCUGAGCACUAUGGAUCUUAAAGAUAAAGACCCAAUACCUGCAGUGGGGACCCUCUCCUCAGGCCAACUGCAGUCCCACCUCAAGAUGGAGCCCAAGACUCUGGGGGCGAUCCAGAUUGUUAUUGGGGCUUUGAUUCUUUGUCUCAGUGCCUCUGUGCUCCAGAUCCAUGAGGUCCACUUUACAGGGGAUGUGGCCCUCUUCCUGAUUGUUGUCAUACAGGUGACCCUGUCUGGUUCUGUGUUGGUCCAUAGUGGGAGGAGACCUACUCUAUUCUGGGUGAAAUGCAUGCUCGUGCUGCAUCUCAUCAGUGCCGCAUUUGCCACUGCUGCCCUGGGUCUGAUGUCCAAACACCUCCCCUACCGCCAGGACUCUUACCACUGUGAACACUGUCGCAGACUGGAGCUACAUGCCGUGCAACAUUGUUUCAGGAAAUGCACCGGGCUGAUCGAGCAAAAGUGUAAACUGUUGAUUGACGGGAUCCUGGGGACGCUGGUGGUCUUCCUGGUGCUGGAGCUGUUGAUCUGUAUCACUGCUAUGCUGUUUGGACUCAGUGUCCUCGCUGCUGGUGCCACUCAGGCUUCCAGCCAGAGACCUGUCUAUCCACACACCCGCCCCCCACUUGCUCCAGCUGUGCAGGCUGCUGCAGCUGAACCAUCUCAGCAGGUGGCUGUAGUUGUGACUGAACCAGAUUCAGAGCAGAUGGAGGACAUCUCCACCCCACCCACUGAACCCCAGGUGGAGCCUAUAGAGGCUGUGGCUACAGAACCCUGAACUCAGCACUCACUGCCCCUUGUGGUGUCAUGUCAUGUCAGACAUAGAGGGAAUAUGGAAACUAGGAAAAACUACUCCUGUCAAAUUGUUAUCAUUUCAUAGGUCCAUAACCAAUCAGUUACUGAAAAGACAAUGGCUAUCUGGAGGCACAGGGGACCUGAGCGUAAUAUCAGAGGAAAGUGGCAGCGGUGUGAGUAUGGUCUAUUGGCUGCACAUAUAAAUAACAUGUUCUUAUAGUUAGAAGAAAGCAAAUGGGGUCUAGGGUAUAUGCACUUCACUAAUAGUGUGUUCACAUUUAGUGUCAAUUAGAAUGAAGGUAGAUUCUAUUUGUAACCAGGUACUAUUUUGCCUUUAGAAAGUCUCAAACUCAUUUAACCAAAACAUAUUUCAUUGCUGAAAUAACUUGUUUCUCAGUUAUUAAAGUAACGUUGAAUUCAUAUAAAGAUAUUCUCAAGUUGUCUUAAUGCCAGUCUACAGUGAACUGAUGAAAAAGCAGCCAAGCUAAAACUGUUCAUCAUCCGUUUUCAUAUUUUAGACUUAUUAUUAUUAUUCAAACUUAAAGGAGUACUUCAGUGAUUUUGUUCCCUCAUUAUGUUGGGAGACUCAAAACAAACAGAUUAAAACAGAAUGUUUAAACUGUAAGCAGCAGAUGCUGAGAUAUGGGGAUAUAUCUAUCACUUUUCAUGGAGACAGUGAGAUAUGUAUUGUAUGUUGUGAUCACAAAAGAUAAAUAAUUUGUGAUCUUUUAUUAUAUUAUCUACUUACAAACUCUGAAUUACAAAGCUAUAUGUGAAGCCAUUUAAACAGGAAGCACCUAUACUGAGCUCACAUUUAAAUGAAAACUGACAUUAUUUUGCCACUGCUCUCAUCACUUGUACAUAUCAUUUAAUAUUUGCUUAUUUAUUUCACAGAAAUGUGCUGAACAUUACAAGCAAACCGACAGGUCUGUUACUGGUGAGAACUUUUGUAUAGAAGUGAUUCUAUAGCUAGAGUUCCUGUACUUUGUCACACUCGUUACACAUAAAAUUUGAGGGGCUGAGACUCAUAAUGUCAGUAUUCCCUGAAAUCUACUGAGCCGCGUGUCACAGUUUUCCUGCACAGGCUUGUUGCAUUUGUGGAAACCACAGGAUGGCAUGAUUUACUGUAAAUGAAUGUAAUGAACAUUUUAAUCAAUGCAAAUAAAGUAAAUGGUAAAUGGAAAA